AUGCCGACACCACCGGCAGUUCUGCGGGGCUGCGUGUUGUCGCGGCGGGCAUUUGUUUGCCCAUUAGUGCCGCGGGGUGGCAGCGGCGGCGCCGCGCAGGCCCUUCGACCAGGACGGGGUCAUCCUCCGCUGCGCACGCCGGCGGCCUCCAUGCACACGCGCCUGGCAGGGGGCUGCGGCCAUCCGUGCCAAGGGCAAAACUCCUUCGAGACACACGCCGAUGGCUUCAGCACACUUUUUACGGCGUCGGCACCCGCCGCCGCCUCUUCUUCCUUCCCUUCGCCGUCGAGCGGUGACGAGGGCGCCGUGGCAUCUUCACGCACCCCACCGCCGAGGCAUCGUGUGUCGCGGUGGUUCUUUCCUGGACUCACGAGGGAGGAGGAGCAAAUUGACGGCGUCGGGCCGACCGCAUCGAAACCGGCGGCGGCCUCGGCGUCCAGUGAGGAGGCGGGAGAGGCAUCGGCGGAGUUGCGCCGCGUGAUCGGUGCGGAGGACGGCGCAGCACACACGCCGCAAAGCGCACCUGCGCCCGCGCGCAGCGGGCACGGGGAGACGGCAGCGAGUACCGCCACAGACACCACGCAGUCUCAGGUGCCAGCAGCAGCUUUGUCGCUGGAUGAAGCUCUGCCCUCGGCUUUUUGCGAGUACGAGGCGCGGCGCAACCACCGCAUCAAGGCAGUUUUAAUGGCCACAAUGGGUGGCGCCUUUGCAAAGGCCGGCACGGAUAGCGAUGGGCUCCGCAUGAGUUUCUCCGCCGCUUCGGCGGCGGCGGCAAAAGAGGCCGUUGGGCUUCGUCGUAUGUCGUCCAAGCUGCUGUUGUCAUUUCUCUCCUGCCCGGAUUCGGCCUGGAGUUGGGUGGACAUCACGGCGCACCCGACGGCCUCCCUCGACGAGUACCGCGGCGCCCUGUCGGAGGUGUUGAUUGACCUCGGCACACACGAGACGCUCGUCAGCGACGCGCUGGAGCCGAUGCUGCUGCCGCAGACAACCGUGAUGCGUGGGUGUCACUGUCUGGUGGUCCGCUACGCAGAGGAUGCGGCGAAGGCCUCCAUGGACGGCUUUCAGGAUCUUACCAACCGCCUCACCAUCUUUGUGACCAACAAGCGGGUGAUCACGAUACACCGCCUGCAUUGCGUCUUCGUGGAGAAGAUUAAACGGAAUUGGACACAACUAAUGAAAGAGCGCGAUAAGGCCUUCCUUCUGAGUCUUCUUGUGAAGGAGGCUGUGGACACGUUUAACACCGCCCUCGCCCGCUGCAUUGUAGAGUUUGACGGGUACGAGGGAAGCCUCUUCUCCUCGGAACGCCAGCGAUCCACGCUGGCGCGCCAGAUCUAUCACAUCAAGCGUCGUGCAUCCGUGUACACUCGAACACUGAGCCUCAUUGGUGACGCCUACAGUCAAGUGUGUGGUGCUCUUCCCGUCAUGCCCAACGACGUGCAGUUUCAGGAUGUGCAGCAGGAUAUCGCCCACGUACGGUCCUUGUCCGAAGAGCUGCUCAACAGCGCGGAUUCGGGGCUGCAGCUUCUUUUCCAGCUUUCUUCCUAUCAACUCAAUGAACUCAUGCGGGUGUUGACCAUGUUCAGCGCCUUCUUUAUUCCACUUAGCUUUGUGGCGUCCAUCUACGGCAUGAACUUUGCCCACCUGCCACUGAUAGAAGACAAAAAUGGUCAUAAGUACUGUAUUGCGAUGAUGGUGGCUUUGGGGGGCGGCCUUGGUGGGUGGUUCAAGUUUAAGCGCUUUAUGUGA